AGUUUACUGAGCGGGCCAAUCGAGUACACGAAUCAGGCUGCUGAGUUUCAUCUGAUGUUUGCUUUAAGUGGCUAUGCCCACUCGUCGUAAAAAUGUUGACUUAAACAGACUGAAACGUUCCUGUAAACGAAGCAAGGUAUUCGAGUUACUAUCUUUGUCUUACGUCCAAUACCUCCUGAUAUCCAUAAUAUGGGGAGUACUGUUUGUAGUAAAUCAAUCAACGGACAUGAGGUUUGAGUACUUUUGGCCUGUUUGGCUAUCUGUUUGCUCAAUACAUGACUCACUGAAGUUCCAAGGACUGCAAUACACAAUUGUCUUUAUCAUUAUUUUGAUUACAAUUGAUCUAAUGUGUUUCUUCUUGAUCCCUGUGUCAUGGAUUUACACAUUCGGUAGUGCGUAUGUGUGGCUAUACCUUUUUCGGCACACUGAUCAAGGGUUGUGUUUCCUCACUUUGUCGCUGUGUUUUGUUUUCAUAUAUUUUGAAUUUAGUCUCUACUCAAAAGUGACAAAAUCCACUCACAGCAUUUAUGUUUUCCGUCCAUUUGCAGCACACAGUAUUGGCUACUCGGUAGUAUGUGUGGGAUUUUCUCUAAAACGGUACCUGGAUAUCAGCUAUCGAGAUUUUAAAAGAAUGAAUGUUAGAAGGCAAAAUUACCUGCAUUUUCGAAUUCUUUAUGAAGCUCUCCCACCGUCGUCGGUAAACGACAAUGUUUACGUUCAACAUAGUCUUGAUUAUUUUCAAAAGGAUUCCCUAGAAGUUCAUGAAGUUGCAAUGUCUGAUGAUUUCUCAUCAGAUUUUUCUAGUCGAUCGGUAUUCAUACCUUUUCGCUUUGGUCAAUUAUGUUUUGGUCGUUUAGUUCGUUGGACUUUCGGCUAUCUCAGAUCUGUUGAUAAACAAUACUUGGAUUUUGAUAGUCGAACUGCACGUUUUAACCAUUCCUCGACUACAAUAGUAAAUGGAGUAAUAUCAAAUACUUGUGUUGUUGAUGCUGGUCUACGUCGAGCUGUUCAGUGCCUUGAGUCAAGUCCGUCUGGAUCGCAAAUUAGUCGUCGAUAUACCACAGAGAAUUCAGUGAACCUUUACUCUAAUUCUAAACCUUCAGUUAAUGGUUGUGUUUCUAAGCAAUCUAGUAGUGGGAAACCAGUACGUGAACGAGGUGCUAAGGAAGAUCCAGUAACAAGAUUAGAGAGUAACGUUAGACGUCUCCGUUCCGAAUUACAGUCCAUGCGUGGACUGGAAACACAAUUGCGUAACCAAUUAAACAGUCUUCAACAUGACGAUCACCUCAAUCGACUAAGUCUGUCCAACCAACGUCAAGAGAACGAGGGUAUUUCAUCACGUAUUUCAAAGCUAACUAAUAAAUGCCGUACUGAAAGGGUUAAUUUAAACACAAUUGAGCAAAAUUUAGGUGAAGAAGUUCGUUUGCGUCAGUUGUUCGAAGCUCAACUCACUGAAAUUGGUGUAAUUCCUGUGCGUAGUUUUGUGGGAUCAAAUAAUGCUAAUAAUGUACCUAGCAAUUCAACUGAAAAGUGUAUUCCAACAUCUAUGUCCCUUAUUCAAGCGUCUUCUAAUAAUGACUCAUCGUCGAAUUCUAAUGUCCUAAUACUUCAACCAAGCGAAAGUGAAAAAAUAAUGGAUAAUUAUUGCUGUAGACUACGUCAACUACUAGAGUCAAAGAUUUAUGCGCUUAGAUUAACUGUGAAAUAUCGUGAAAACUUAACACUAGCUUCCAAAAUGCACCAUUCAGGUCAGCUGGUUUCCAAGUGUCUAACCAACGCAAACUUAAAGGUUGUAGACACUUCAAAUUAUGAUAACAGUGUUCAUCAAUACGAUGCACAAUCGUUGUCAUGUAGACUUCAAUCCGGACACUUUAUAACCAAAGAUGUUUAUUGUUGCAUUUUGAACUCAGAUGUAGAAAAUUUGCAUAAUGUUGCUAUGAUUAAUCAACAUACGUCAACAAAUAACCAUAGGCAUGCAUUUUUAGAAAAUUGUUUCAAUUUAGCCAAUGAGAAACGAGAACGUUUGGCAAAUAAAUUACGUACAGAGAAUUGGCAAAAACAAGAAUUACUCACAUUAUAUCACACAUCUGUACGGGAAAUAACUGAACUCAAUAGUUAGCCUAUUUAUUUUGGCUAGAUGAAUCAAUAAUUAUUAGAAAACCCUUAAACAACGUGAUUUACAAAUCUUAGAACUUACGAUGAAAAUAGAACAACUUGAGUGUUUACCGAAAAGUACUAGUCGAUGUGAUCCUGUCAGUCAUGCCGGGUAUAUUGCAACAACAGCAGCAUUGACAAAGUCAUCAAGUGAUUCGGUUGAUGACCCGACAAAAUUUGGUUUAGGUGAAAAACAGUUCACAUCUAAUAAACAACAGGAUAUGUCAUCUCUGUUGCCAACAUGCAAUAUAUGUCAAUUGUUUACUAAUACCUCGACAAAUACACGCGGUAACAUACUUAUCCACUCUGCUUCAGUAAAUCAUGAUAAUAAUGGUAUUAAUAAUACUUUUUUACAGACUUAUAGAUUUUGUGCACCAGCCAUCCCAUCCAUAACUUCAUUCACAACAGACUUUGCAAGUUACCCUGAAAUUUAUGCUCAUGCAACUUAUCAUUAUAAAGACAAACAGAAUCUAAUCUUCACAAAACCUAUUACUACUACUUUCCACACCAACUUAUCUUCAUCUUGUUUGUUAACUUCUGGAAUAUGUUCCUCCUCGUCGUCUUCGUCGUCAUCUUCAAAUAUGAGCUGUGCGAUGCAUGCAGACGUACAGACACUUUAUAAAGAAUCAUCUGUUAUUACAUCAGUCAAUAGUAGCUGCCCAAUUGUACAUCAACAGCAUCACCGAAAAUAGCAGCAAUAACUAUCUGCUGAUGUAAAGUAAUUUAAUACAUUCAUUGUCGUUACAAUUAUACACGAAUUUAUGAGUGUUGUUCCUAACUUUAAAUAAAGAUACAUGUACCUGUGAGAUAUAUAUUACUUUUUUCAUGAAAAUAGCGUUGUAUUAAAAGAGAGAGGUUUCAUUAUUG